UAAUACAAUCCAUCUAUUUCAGACAAGAACACGUCGACGUUUCAACACGAGAUCAGGAGCGACACUGAGCCCAGCACACCGCCAAGACGCAACGAUGACGGACCCACCAUGUACAUGGUCAUGCCUUUAACCUAGCGUCCUCCAUGAGCUCGCUCCGAUGAAUCACUCUAUCUUCAGAAUGGAAGGGUUACACAUUCCCUAUCCAGGCAAAUAUCAUAGGAUCAAUCACCCUGUGGUCACUGGGGCACAGGCCCUCAUCCAGACAGCUCCAGUGUACUAUGGUAACCCCCACCAGUCGAUAAGAACACCAGCACCAGCCCCUGUUCAGCCUGCUGUUGCUGCACCUACAUACCAACCCAUAACAGAAGACGAAAACAAUAUUGUUAAUACUAUUGAAGAAAAGCCCUACAACUGUGACCAGUGCGGCAAACAGUUCGCACAGAAAAGUCAUCUGACAAGUCACAUGCAGUGGCAUAACCGUGAGAAAAAAUUUGAGUGUGAAGUUUGCAACAAACGCUUCUCAAUGGAGAGUCACUUGAAUGGACACAUGCUGGAACACAGCAGGGAGAAAAAGUUUGCGUGCCACAUGUGUGGUAAAAGGUUUGCAAUGGAGAAUUACCUGAACAGUCAUAUGCUGGUUCACAUGACAGAAAAGAAGUUUGAGUGCAGAAUAUGUGACAAAAGAUUCACCAUGGAGAAUCACCUUAAUAGUCACAUGCUUGUCCACAAUACCGAAAAGAAGUUUGAGUGUGGAAUAUGCAGGAAGAGGUAUAGCCAGAAAAGUCACCUUAACAGCCACAUGCUGAAGCACAGCAAAGAGAAGAACUUUGAGUGUACAGUGUGUGGUAAGCGCUUCAACAUGGAGAGUCAUCUCAAUAGCCACAUGCUGGUGCACAGUGAUGGUAAGAAGUUUGAAUGUGUACUUUGUGGGAAGAGGUUCCACAUGGAAAUUCAGUUGAACAGCCACAUGGUUGUUCACAAUGAGGUGAAAAAAUUUGAGUGCCAUCUGUGUGAGAAAAAGUUUAGUCUGGAGAUCCACCUUAACAGUCACAUGAUGGUGCACAACAAUGACAAGAAGUAUGAGUGCCUCUUGUGUCACAAACGUUUCACGAUGGAGAGCCACCUCAACAGCCACAUGCUUGUGCACAAUGAAAAAAUCUACAAGUGUGACAUAUGCGGCAAACGAUUUAACAUGGAAAGUCACUUGAACAGCCACAUCCUUGUCCACAGUGUGGAAAAGAACUUUGAGUGUGAACUGUGUGACAAGAAGUUUGCCAUGGAAAAUCACCUGAAUAGUCACAUGCUGGUACAUAGUGAGGAUAAAAAGUUUGAGUGUCAGUUAUGCGGUAAGCGUUUUAACAUGGAGUGCCACCUCACUAGCCAUAUGCUUGUUCACAGUGACGAGAGGAAGCACGAGUGCCAGAUCUGUGGGAAGAGGUUCAACAUGGAAAGUCACCUGAACAGUCACAUGCUUGUGCACAGUGAAAAGAAAUUUGAGUGUAUUUUGUGUGGGAAAAGGUUCCUCAUGGAGAGCCAUCUUAAUGGCCACAUGCUUGUCCACAAUGAAAAAAAGUUCGAGUGUGGUUUGUGCGGGAAACGAUUCUUGAUGGAGAGUCAUAUGAACAGUCACAUGCUCGUCCACAGCACCGACAAGGCCUACGAAUGUGAAACCUGUGGCAAGAGAUUCAAUUUAGAGGCUCACCUCAACAGCCAUAUGCUUGUGCAUAAUGAGGAAAAGAAUUUUGAAUGUAGUCUAUGUGGCAAACGUUUUGGGAUGGAAUGCCACCUUAACAGCCACAUGCUUAUUCACAAUGAAAAGAAGUUUGAGUGUGAAUUAUGUGGAAAAAGAUAUAACAUGGAAAGUCACCUGACAAGUCAUAUGAUGGUGCAUGGAGAGCGCAGGUUUGAAUGUGAGAUUUGCGGUAAGAGGUUCACUCAAGAAAUGCAUCUUAACAGCCACAGAUUUAUGCACACUGAGGAGAAAAAAUAUAUUUGCGAUCAGUGUGGGAAGCGCUUCGCCCAGGAAAGCCAUCUCAGGUGUCAUAAAUAUGUUCAUAGUGAUGAAAAGAGGUAUGCUUGUGAAGAGUGCGGCAAGCGCUUUACACAAGAAGCUUAUCUCCAUAGUCACAUGUUCAUGCAUAACAAGGUUAAGAAAUUUGAAUACCAAGAAUGGUCUAAACAUCCUGUCAACACAAAGUUCAUGCAUAAUGAUGAUAAAAGAUUUGAGUGUGAGGACUGUGGAAGGCGCUUCGCUCAUCAGAACCAUCUAAGCAGUCACAGGUUUGUCCACAGUGAAGAAAAACGAUUUGAGUGUGGUGAAUGUGGCAAGCGCUUCACACAGGAGAGCUACCUCACAAGCCAUAGUUAUGUGCAUAGCGAGGAGAAGAAGUUCCAGUGUGGAAAGUGUGGCAAAAGAUUUGCACAGGAGAGCCAUUUGAACAGCCACAGUUAUGUUCACAUGGAGAAGAAAACUUAUGAAUUUGAUAGCUGUGGGAAGCCCAUAAUCCCAGCACAGAAGGCUACCCAGAUGAAUGGCCAUAUUGUGGUGCAGGGGGAUGGUGACAAUGGAAAAAUAAUAUCCCAACAGCAGCUUCAAAACCCGUACGCCUACGCCCAGUGGGAACACGUGCGGACACUUUGGUCCUUGUAACAGCAUUGCCAACAAGAUCAGGCCCCUAUUGUUUUUGACAUGAAGGUUGAGUGUAGGCUCGCUCCCAGCAACAUUCUGACUCGGGAUUUCAUUUUCAGUGAUGUCCAUGUGGUGCCGAAGGGUAUAUCUAUUAUUAUAUGCCCAGCUAUUGUGUGUAACAGUAUUACCUAUCACACGGCAUCUCCUAAAGUGACAGUUCACUUCACGUUUCUGACACUAGUGGAAUUACAUAUUUAAACUUCUUGUAUGUACAUAUGCAAACACAGUUAUGGAUGAAAAUCUCUUCGAGUCAGGGGGAUCUCCCUAAUCCAGGCAUGAUGUAUUAGAUUGUAGCCAAGGACAUGAGUCAUAGGAAUGAGUGUCAUUGGCUAUGCAUUAUGAGUAAAGAGAAAUGUUCAAUUAUGGCUUAGUUAUGAUCUGCAUGACAAAAUAUUUGUCUGCAGGACUGUACUUGUGAGUACGUGAGGAGUAAAAAAGAAGGUCGUAUCACCUACGAUACAAGUGAAUUUCAAAAACCGUAAAAUGAGAUAAAGCUAUAUGAAUGACCUUAAAUGAUUUAAUAAUGAAGGUUCAAGUUUGUGCUUCUUUAAAAUAUUUGUUACUUGUUUGUGUUAAACGGUAAUGGUAUGACCUCAUUUUUACCCCAUGUAAUAUUUUAGCUGUAACUGAUCAGUGCAGGCUUGGCCGAGACUGAUGAUUUUUUUUAUAUAUAUACAGAUAUAAUUAAGUUGUAGACUAGGAGGACAUGUAUGUAGAUAUAUAUACAUAUACACAUAAACUCUCCAGGUGUUAGCAUGGUCGAAAGGGCAGACCAUAGGCCUUAAGGUUGGAGGCAGGAGAGGGAGUGUAGGUCUGGCAUAGGAUCAGUAAGGUCACGGGCAAGAUGGUGGAAUGUUGACGAGAUUGGCGACACACGGCAGAGUGAGAAGAGGGCAGCUGAUGACUGUUCAUGUGGAAGUACAGAUGAACUGCAUUUACCGUAAUAACUAUUGAUUUUAGUCUUUAUGUAUAUAGUCCUUCUAAAAGUGAAAUGUUUACGCUAUCAUGAGAACGAAUCUGGAACGAACAGGGCAGGAGUAUAAACUUUUUUUUUUUUUUUUUUUCUUUUUUUUCUUUUU